UCGUGCUCUGAGGCGUCCGCGAGAGAAGACCCAGCGCAGGUCCUCAGAGUCUCCUCUGACCUGUGUGCGCUCGGUUCGGCAAGGGUUAACAAGAGCUGAGCUGGAAUCCUAGAGAGGCCAGGAAGUGGGGGGUCCUAGGUCCUCCAGAGAGGAAGCCCCUCCCCCUUUGUCCUCUGCCAAGGCUGCCUCGGUGCCCCCUCCUAGGAUCCAGGUUUGCCAGCACUAAUUCGGACAGGAAGAACUUUGCAGACGACAAAAAGGGACUGAUCUCUUGGAAGCUUCCUAAAAGCAAAGAUGGAUGAGCAAGACUCAGCUGGACCUAAAGCAGAAAGAGGCCAGGCCACUGAAGAUGGGAGCACUGGGGGAAACUCUGUGCGGAAGAUCCUGGGUGAGGAGGACACCCUCCGCUCAGAUGUGCAGAGCCAGCAGCUCAGGCAGUUCUGCCACCAGGAGGCUGAAGGACCCCGUGAGGUUUGCAGCCGACUCUACCACCUUGUCUGUCAGUGGCUGAAGCCAGAAAGGCACACAAAAGCUGAGAUGCUGGACCUGGUGAUCUUGGAGCAGUUCCUGGCUGUCCUUCCACCCGAGAUGGAGAGCUGGGUGAGGGAAUGUGGAGCAGAGACCACUUCCCAGGCAGUGGCCCUGGCUGAAGGUUUCCUCCUGAGUCAGGCAGUGGAGAAAAAGCUGGCAGAGCAGCAGGUAAAGGAUCUGUUAGCAGAAAUGGGUCCUGAUUCCUCUGAGGCAGAGAGGACUCCAAUGGACACCAGAGAGAGGAUGAUGCUGACAAUACCUCCUCAUCCGUCUUUUCAUGGUGGCGAAGGGGAAGCAGCAGCUAUGGAAGCAGAUCAGGGUCCUGUGUGCUUUGAAGAUGUCGCUGUUCAUUUCACGGACAAGGAGUGGGCAUUGCUGGAUUCUGACCAGAGAGCUCUGCAUAAGGAGGUCAUGGAGGAGAAUCAUGGGAUCCUGGAUUCUCUGGGUAAAGCUCUCUGUUGGAUCAUAAUAUCUAUUUUGAAAUUCCAUACAUCUCUCCUUAGUGCCACUUACACCACCUGGAAAUCUAACGCUUCCAGAAAUCACUUUGAAUGAAGGGCUAUUCAUGGUGUUGCCUGCGAAUAUCCUUCAGAGUGGGCAGGGAGGUGGAAGUUGGUGACUCUCCCCCAUCGCGCAGGGAGGCGGUGUUUGUGGGGGGAGCCUGUGGGGGGGAAAAACUAUGCUGGGCAGGAUGACCUUCCCACCCCCUCGCCUCCCUUCCCUCCCCUCAUCCCAAGCCCGACCCCAGGCGAGAUCCAGGCGAAGCAUCGCUGGUGCCACAUUCCCGAGCGGGGGAUCGGGGUGCUCGCACUAUGCACAGGCUCCAGCCCACCCAUCUCAGCAUCCAGCAGCUACCGUAGGAGAGCAGCCAGGAACAGCCACCGCCACCGCCGCCUCAUCUACACACUCUGGUGCUGCUGCCAUGUCCUUGUUCCAUCGCACCAGGGACGCACAUGCUGUCCAAAGUGGAGACAAGCCCUGGGACUCGCCCGGGUGAACAGGGAGCAUGGGCAGAUGCCAGAAAACAUGGAGAGGGGAGAGCGAGCGAGCAAGCGAGAG